UUCUCUCUCUCUUUCUCGUUCCGACGCGUCGCUUGUUCGAUUUGGAUUCUUGGUUUCCUGCGAUUUCGACUGUUUCCGCGCUCUCGCGUUGCAUGGGCCGUUCGGUUCGUGCCGUCGUUUCUGUAUGGAUUUCUCCGUCGCUGCUAUGAGAGCUUCGGGCUCUUCGUUUGAGGGUGAACCCGGUUUUUUGUUGCGAUUGGCUUAAGGGGUCUCGAGGUACUUUUGUUCUUGUGAAGACCCGAGAUGUUAUGUGCUGUUCUAUUCCCGGCGGCGCCGACGAGAUCGUGCGGUGGCGAUGGACGCCUAUUGAGGAAUGGCGUUGAGGGUGCGAACUGGGUUAGAACGUUUUGAAUUGGUGUAGAAUUCCUCUUUCUGGUAAUGGUAAGUACAUUGAAGCCAAAAGAUACUUGUGAAGGUGAAAAGAUGGCUGCUGAGGAUAGAGAUCUUAUUGAAAUCUUGGAAGAACACAACCCGGUUGAUAUGGCCAAAUAUAUCAAUUAUGUCAGUGCGCCACAGGCCGGUGCCAUCGCGACAUUUUCUGGAACAACUCGCGACACAUUUGAGGGCAAAACAGUCUUGGAGCUCCAGUACGAAGCGUACGUGCCGAUGGCUGUACGGUGCAUCAAGUCUGCAUGUCAAUCAGCUAGAUCAUCCUGGAAUCUCAUGUCCAUUGCAGUUGCCCACUGCCUCGGCCCUGUUCCGGUUGGAGAAACAAGUGUCUUCAUUGCUGUAUCAUCGGUUCACCGUGACGAUGCACUGGAUGCUUGUAAAUUUCUGAUUGACGAGAUAAAGGCAUCUGUCCCCAUUUGGAAGAAAGAGGUAUACACCAAUGGAGAGGUCUGGAAGGAGAAUAAGGAGUUUUUGGAAAGGAAGUCGGAGCUUGAGAAAGGUGCUCGGGAUGAAAAUAGAUGCUGUAGGAAAAGGUUAGAGAGCAAGACCAAUGGGCAUGGCUGUUGUGGUGCUAAAGUCAAGAUAGAUGAUGGCGGCUGUAAUGGAGAGAGUACAGAAGCUGAGUGAGAAGAUUGUAAUUUAUUUUUGCUGCUUCUAGCAUUUUUCCUUCCAAUAUAUAUAAGAAGGAUUGUGAUGUAUUUCUCUAAUAAUAAUCAUCCGAGAAAUAUAUGUCAGCCUCAUCAAAUCUGCACGUGAUUUUGCUGAGAAACAUGUGGAAUACAGUGGGAUGGAUACACAGA